CUUCUAUUUUGACUUUAGAACCAGUACCGGUCUCUGUGAACCUUUGAAGUUGGGAUAAUCAUUCAUGAGCGGAGUUUCCAUCAAAUCCAGCUAUGUCUUCCAUCCGGGAGUUUUACCACGUGGAAAUUGACAAAGUUGGGCACGGGAAGAAAAGGAUCACUAACUCUCCAGGGGGACCAAGUAGUGAUAUAUUUGGUAAUAUAAAUGAUCAAGAUGAACAAAAGCCCCAGAAAAGGAAGAACCACUUCAUGUAUUCCAGCUUUUAUGGCGCCAAAGACGAUUCUAGUAACAACCAGGCAAUCCAACGUAGAGCAUCUUGGCAUACACAGAGCAAUGUGUUUGGAAAUGAUCUAACGGGCAUCACCACGCCUAGAAAAGUUGUGGAUAGAAUGAAGUCUAAUGUAUUUGAUGGGCCCCAACCGGUCACCAAGUCUUGUAGUGCAAAUAAAUAUAAAUCACCAAACACAAUCAUUAGCAAUGGAGAUCCAGUUAGUCCAGCCCAAUUUUCUGUUCGUGUCAGAAUUCCCCCUGGUGGCAAGUCUUCAGGAAUAUUCUAAACCAGUAACCUGCUGAAUUAACUGCUCCUUUUCUGAAUCGCUUAGAUGAAGCUAUUCUAUUCGAAAUUGGAACUGUUGAUUUUAAGUAAUCACUAAAAUGCUCCAUUUAAGUUAUUUUGUAGCAUACUAUCGGAUUCUGUUGUGGUUUUGGAUGUUAACUAUAUAAAGAACUAUUGAUAACUAUGAUAAAAUGUAUA